GGUGUCAAGAUCUCUCUCACUGUUUACAAGUACGUGAGUUAUAUGAAGCACAGAUCAAUGAAAGUUGAAGUAUAACUGCCUGUUCAUUGAUUGCCAAACUUUAAGAGAGGACAGUUUUCUUUCCGUUUGACCAUUUGUGGCUUUCUCUCAAUUUAGGAGUAGUAGAUUUCCAGACUGGCUGGUAGGACAUGGAUUUAAGAUUAAUUGCACUCAUUUUGCUCUGUUCCUGCCAUCAAGGCUGGAUGGAGGUUGGCAUUUCAGAGGAUGAAAAGGAUUCUGUAAUUCCUCUUACACCUUUGAUACCUAGCAUUUCCAGAACAGAUCUAGUAAGCUCCAACGUGUCCCAUGCAGAAGAACUACCUCCGGAUGGCUUAGCUACAUCUGUCACCACAGUUGACAAUGCUGAGAACUCCUCAGAGGAAGAAAUGGAUGAGUUGUGUGGUCCUUUAAAUUCUAACGAACUUCGUCGGGCCAUUGGGAGCGGGAUUAUGAAGUUUGGUCUAGAGCUUUUGGAGAACCUGAAGGCAAAUUCGAAACAAUCAAAUAUUAUUAUCUCCCCGCUCAGCGUGUCCUUAGCUCUCUCUCAGUUGGCUCUGGGAGCAAGAAAUGAAACAGAAGACCUCCUCCUACAGCGCCUACAUGCUGAUACAGUGCCAUGCUACCACAAAGCACUAAAAAGUCUUCUCCACAAUGUCCGUAGAAAUGCCUUGCAAAUCGCCAGCCGCAUCUAUCUUGCUGAUGGAUUUAAGCCAAACCAGGAGUUUAUGGAUGAGUCUCUCAAAAUAUAUGAUUCAAAGCCUGCAGCCUUGACUGAUUUGGAGGAGAUCAAUGAGUGGGUAGAGAAAUCCACAAAUGGUCAUGUCACAGACUUCCUAUCUAGUCUCCCAGCUGACCUUGUCAUGAUGCUUGUCAAUGCUGUGCAUUAUAAAGGAGAGUGGCUUCGACGCUUUGACCCUCAUUUUACUUCCAAUGAGCCUUUUUAUAUUGAUGACAAACAAACAGUCAAUGUUGACAUGAUGCUUGGACCAAAAUACCCACUCAGUCUUUUUAACCAUAAUGAACUUGAUGCACAGAUUGCUCGUUUCCCAUUCAAAGGGAAUAUGAGUCUUAUAAUUGUAAUGCCCAUAAUAGGAUCAGUUGACGUGUCAGCUAUCUCAGCCAAACUCAAUAUCUCACAUCUAUAUAAUCACUUCCCACGAGAGAGGAGUAUGCUCGUUAAACUGCCCAAAUUCAAAUUGGAUUUUACUCAGGAGCUUGAGGAGGCUCUGACAAACAUGGGUCUAGGGGAGCUGUUCUCAAGUCCUAAUCUGGGUGGUAUCUCAGAGGGACCCCUGCUGGUCUCUAGUGUACAGCACAAGUCCAGCAUUGAAAUCAAUGAGGAGGGUGCAGAGGCUGCAGCUGCAACAAGUGUAGCAAUAAGUCGUUCAAAUCCCUCUUUUACAGUAAACCAGCCUUUUUUCUUGGCCCUUAUAGAUGACUCCACUCAAACACCACUUUUUCUGGGGGUUAUUUCAAACCCUAACCCUAGUGGAAGUCCUGUAACAUUUGGUCCAAGCCUUCCAGAUAAAGGAGAGUUUCCUAAUACAAAGAAUUUUGAUAAGCCACCCAAAUAAAUGUGGUUAUAUAUGUCUUUAGCACUGGCCUGCCUCGAAAACAUCAAUUCAAGCCUUGCAGCAAAUAUAAGCUAGGUUAGAAUAUGGUUAACGGACAUGUUUCAAAUAUGACAGUGACAUAUUUUGAAAUUUUUAAACGUCUCUUUUUACCCUAUAUAUAAAUGGCCUUAAGCUCACUGUCAAGCUUAAAAUAGGUGUGUUUACAUGGACCCUAAUAUUCCACUAAUGAUGGGAAUAAAAGCAACCAGAAUAAAAACAUCAUGCAAACACCUCCGGCCAAUCUGAAUGAAUUUUUAGUUGGAAAUGGGAUGUAAACCUUUGAUAUGAUAAUUUUCCGCUUGUCUGUAUAAAUAUAUUCUUUCUAUGCAUAUUUGCCUCAUGUGGGGUUAUCGUUAGGUGAUGUGACGAGUUUCUGGAAGGGAACUUUUGCUUCCUUUCCUGAUCAGUAAACUCUUCUUUUCCACCUGUCCUUAUUUUUAAUCACUGGCUCUAUGGCUGAGGAAAGAGGAUUGGCUCACAAUUUCAUUUGGAGUAAAGAAUCUAACUAAUCACAGAUACAAAAAAAUACUUUUACCUUUACAAAACGCAGAAAAUGGGAUUUAUCAAAAAAGAUCGGAAGCCUAAUCUAACCUCAGAGCUGGAGAAAAAUAUCUUCUCUUUUGUGUUAGAUUUUCAAUAGAGUUAACACUUCACAGAGCAUUUUUGAUUUUUUUUUUAUUAUAUUCUUUGAGCAUGUAAACUUCCAUUUAAACAGAUCAGCAUCCAUGUAAACAGUUAAGUUUGAAUCUCUAAUAAGAUUAAAGAAAUAUUGUCCAUGUAAAUGCAACUGUUGGCAGCAAUUAGCUUUGUUUUACUGCUGUUGUGAAAGCAUGUGUUUAAUGAUAAAAUAAAUGUAUUUUUAAAAAUGAA